UGCCCAUAUAAAGUGCAGAGCUGGAGCUAUGUGCGCAUAUUCUCAACUCCAGGCAAAGUCAUUGUGUUAGUCAGCUCUCCUACCUUCCGACAAAAUGAGGGAAAUUGUGCAUCUUCAGGCCGGCCAGUGCGGAAACCAGAUUGGGGCCAAGUUUUGGGAGGUGAUCAGUGAUGAACAUGGCAUUGACCCAACUGGCACAUACCAUGGUGACAGUGACCUGCAGCUAGACAGGAUCAACGUCUACUACAAUGAAGCAUCUGGUGGCAAAUAUGUUCCCCGUGCUGUGCUGGUUGACUUGGAGCCAGGCACCAUGGACUCCGUGAGGUCCGGACCUUUUGGCCAGGUCUUCCGGCCAGACAACUUUGUUUUUGGCCAGAGUGGUGCUGGUAACAACUGGGCUAAGGGUCAUUACACAGAGGGCGCAGAGCUGGUUGACUCAGUCCUGGAUGUGGUGAGGAAGGAGGCAGAGAGCUGUGACUGCCUGCAGGGCUUCCAGCUUACACACUCCCUGGGUGGUGGUACUGGCUCUGGUAUGGGCACCCUGCUUAUCAGCAAGAUCCGUGAAGAGUACCCAGACAGAAUAAUGAACACCUUCAGCGUUGUGCCCUCCCCCAAAGUUUCAGACACAGUUGUCGAGCCCUACAACGCCACACUGUCAGUCCACCAGCUUGUAGAAAACACAGAUGAGACCUACUGUAUCGACAACGAGGCGCUGUACGAUAUCUGCUUCCGCACACUCAAACUCACAACGCCCUCAUACGGCGACCUCAACCACUUGGUCUCUGCCACCAUGAGCGGCGUCACUACCUGCCUCAGGUUCCCCGGACAGCUCAAUGCUGACCUGCGUAAACUGGCUGUCAACAUGGUGCCAUUCCCUCGUCUGCACUUCUUCAUGCCUGGCUUCGCCCCCCUCACGAGCAGAGGCAGCCAGCAGUACAGAUCCCUCAGCGUGCCAGAACUCACCCAGCAGAUGUUCGAUGCCAAGAACAUGAUGGCUGCCUGCGACCCACGUCACGGCCGCUACCUGACCGUAGCCGCCAUCUUCCGUGGCCGCAUGUCCAUGAAGGAGGUGGAUGAGCAGAUGCUUAACGUGCAGAACAAGAACAGCAGCUACUUCGUCGAAUGGAUCCCCAACAACGUCAAGACAGCAGUGUGCGACAUUCCUCCCCGCGGCCUCAAGAUGGCUGCCACAUUCAUCGGCAACAGCACAGCCAUCCAGGAGCUGUUCAAGCGCAUCUCAGAGCAGUUCACUGCCAUGUUCAGGCGCAAAGCUUUCCUCCACUGGUACACCGGCGAGGGUAUGGAUGAGAUGGAGUUCACUGAGGCUGAGAGCAACAUGAACGACCUGGUGUCUGAGUAUCAGCAGUACCAGGAUGCCACUGCAGAGGAGGAGGGAGAGUUUGACGAGGAGGGCGAGGAGGAGCUGGCCUAAAUGUAACUGUUUUCCAAGCUGUAUAGUUUACUGACAUGUCAUGUCUUUCCAGUGUUCUGGCCUAUGUUUCACCAACUGUUGCUGUAUUUUUUUCCCCCCCUUGUCUUGUACAGAAGUACAUGUCAAUAAACUUCUUUGAUAUAUUGA